AUGAACGUGAUAACGGAAAAUGAUAAUAAUAAUUGGGGACAAGUCGUCAUAGAGAAAAUAAACGAUACCGUUGAAGAAAAUUUAACGGAAUUCAUGGAAGAAACAACGACGCAAGUGACGAAACCUUACAGAGAUCCACUUUACGUCGUAGUACCGAUAACCGUCAUAUACGCCGCCAUUUUUCUCACGGGUAUCGUCGGUAACAUAAGCACGUGCGUCGUCAUAGCACGAAACAAACACAUGCACACGGCGACGAAUUAUUACCUUUUCAGUUUGGCAAUAUCGGAUUUACUACUGCUCGUGUCGGGACUUCCGCCGGAAGUUUUUUUCAUGUGGCGAAAGCAUUCCUACGUUUUCGGCGAGACGUUUUGCGUUUUGCAAAGUUUCGCGGCGGAAACGUCCGCGAACGCGACGGUAUUGACGAUAACAGCAUUCACGAUCGAACGCUACGUCGCCAUUUGUCAUCCCUUUCAGUCGCACACACUUUCGAAACUUUCGAGAGCCGUGAAAUUCGUGAUCGCGAUUUGGGUGUCCGCUCUCGGUUUGGCCAUACCACAAGCCAUACAAUAUGGCGUCGUCACGGUCAUCGGGAAUUCAGGUUCGAUUGAAUCUUAUUGCACUUUGAAAAAAGUUCUCAUUCCAAAUGCUUUCCUCAUAUCGAUAUGUGUUUUCUUCGUCGUUCCCAUGACAGUGAUAACCGUUUUGUACGUUUUGAUCGGUUUGAAAUUAAGAAGAUCGAGAUUGAUAACGGUCAAACGACGUCCUUCGACGCCAAGGAGCGAACUGUCGAAACCUAGAACGUCGACACCACAAAGUCACGUGAUUAGAAUGUUGGUUGCUGUUGUUGUUGGAUUUUUUAUCUGUUGGGCUCCGUUUCACGCUCAAAGACUUGUUGCCAUGUACGGACAUUUAGAUGAAAAUCCAAGCAAGACUGUUUACGUUGUUUAUAUUUUUCUUACGUAUAUCUCUGGAGUUUUAUAUUAUUUAUCGACCACGAUAAAUCCGCUUCUCUAUCACAUAAUGUCGCAUAAAUUCCGUGAUGCAUUUAAGUUAUUAACCGGUUGA